AUGAGUUUUGCUAUAGAAGGUCAAGAAAUGUCCAAUACAAUAACCCGGGAGACCAGACAAACCUCAAAAGUUAAUCAGAUCUGCAUGAUUAUUGACGAAUUAUUGCUUGGGCAAGAUAAAAACCAAAGUUACGUUAUGGUCAGUCUUCCUAAAGAAAUAGAUAUGAAUAGUGUUGACGUACAUGUACUCGAAGAGGUACAUGCAAAUUAUCGGGCUGAAAGAGUUGGAAACGAUAUAUUUAUCAAAUACGAUGGGAUCAAUAAAGAAAAUAUACAACGCUAUCUAACAAACUCGGCUGGGGUGUUCAAUCCAAAUUGGACUGUAGCGACUAAUUCGAUAUGUGUAAUUGGAGGCGCUGAGCGUCGACCCGACAUUGGAGUGUGGUUUAUUAGACCGACGUUUGCGCAACGCUCUAGGCCUAUUAUUAACCGAUGUCCACCGCCAAAUGUGUAUAUUGAGGACCCGGACCGUGACAUAGCGUUAACUAGAAUUAACUUUGCUCAGCAACACACGACUGGAAUUGAAUUCGUUGGAAUUUGUAUUCCAGAUUUAACUAAUCCUUUUCACGCAAAUCCAAAUCCUCAGCAAGUUUCAACUCAUGCAGUUCCCGCAGCAAAUCAAAACGCCAGACCCACCCGAGCUCCUUAUAUUUUACAUUGGAAUCUAACUCGGCCUUUAAAACUUAGUCCCAGUGUAUGA